AUGAAUAUCAAGAACAAAGAAGCACUUAAUAUGCUCUACCUCUUCCGAGGCUUCCUUUCAUUGAAUUGGUGCCCAAACCUGUACUGCAUGUUUCAAAUGAGGCUAAUGAUCCAUAAAAUGGAGAAUAAUAUGACUACAAUCACAGAGUUUUUUCUCUUAGGAUUUCAAGUCAGUCAAAAUUUCAUUUUUUUCAUGUUCUGUCUUCUUCUUGUGGUUUUCUGUGGGACAAUAUGUGGAAACCUCCUAAUAAUGACCUUGGUGUCCUCCAGCAAGAACCUCCACACUCCAAUGUACUUCUUCAUCUCACAACUGUCCAUCAGUGAUAUCUGGUUAACCAUAGCUAUUGUCCCCAACAUGCUCCACAUUCUACUGAAUAAUGGUGAGACCAUUGCUAUUAAUGACUGCAUCACUCAGUUUUAUUUUUUUGGUGUCUCGGAAACAUUUGAAUGUCUUCUUCUUACAGUGAUGUCUUAUGACAGAUAUGUGGCCAUCUAUAAUCCUCUCUGUUAUACCUCUAUAAUGACAAGAGCCUUUUGUGUGAUAUUAUCAGUCAUCUGUUGGUUCCUUGGUAUUUCCAUUAGCUUGGUUUACACUAUAACAAUAUCUAAGCUAAAUUUUUGUGGGCCAAAUGUCAUUGACCAUUUCUUCUGUGAUCUUGUUCCCUUAUUAGAACUUGCCUGUUCUGAUACCUUCAUUGUUCAUCUAGAGGUGUAUUUACUAAGUAUUCCAAUUGUAAUAAUUCCAACCACCAUCAUUAUACUGUCUUAUACUUGUAUUGUUUUAGCAAUCUUAAAAAUCCAAUCCAAUUCUGGUAGACAGAAAGCCUUCUCCACCUGUAGCUCCCACCUCAUUGUGGUCUCCAUAUUCUACUGGACUAUGUACAGUGUUUAUGUUGUCCCUACAAAAAGACAAAAUCUCUCCAUCAGUAAAUUCCUCUCCCUGCUGUAUACUGUCUUUACUCCUUUGGUGAAUCCCAUUAUAUACAGUUUGAGAAAUGCAGACAUUAAGAAAGCUAUACAAAAAGCAGUCCAUAAACAUGAGGCCUGA